AUGACUCAAAACUAUGAGCAUCGACCAAGCUUGGUCCAUUCUUUAUAUCAAGAUUUGGAUAUGAUGAUCAAUGAAUUCAGUAACAGCAGUAGCAGUGCCGCCGCCGACGACGACCCUGGCUUCUACCUCUACCCACCCGAGUCGCAGCAGGAACACUCUCACCAUUUAGCUGCACGUCCUGACAACAAUGAAAGCAGCGAUGACAAUGACACGGUGCGUGCGGUUUGUUCAACACCUUCUCUUCAGAAUGCAACCUCCACCAACACCACAGCCACAACAAGACUACCACCUUCUCCUCCACAUGAAAAAGAACACCAUGAUCCUGUUGAACGACUACCGAGUCAACGAUCCACGAAUAGUGAUGUGCCCACCAUACAAGGACUCGAAUCCAGCAACAACUUUGCACUCUUUUCCACUCUUGCCAACGAGUUUGUGCGUCAUGUCCAAGAACUCAACAACACCCGCCGCCUUUAUUGCUCUGAUGAAUAUCCUCUUUGCUUUACAGGCGAGGAAGCAAUGCGGAUCAUGAAAGAAAUUGUCCCAUUUGACUUGAAGGAUGGUCAAUACAAGGAGGUUGCGAGAUCAUUGAUGCACACUUCACCACCACUCAUUACACCAACAAGCUAUGCUGAAAAGUCUUUGAGGAAGAACAAGCUCUAUACGGAUGCAUCCGAGAUUUACACAGUGAUUGGAUUGGAUGAGGAUGAAGGACAAUAUCCACACGGCGUCUAUACCCCGUUUUCCUCGUGUUAUUCUCAGACGUGUACUGCUGGGUCUAUUGGAUGUUAUUCAUUGUCUUGUCCCAACCGCGUAAAGCGUACAGCGUCGAUUGAAUCUGACACACAACGACCUGUUCAAAGAACCAAGUCAGCUACGUCGUCGUCCGUUGCCUCUUCACAUGAUACGGCGUUUUCAAAGGCAUGGCAAGCAAGUGUCCCCGCAGCUAUUAUCAAAGACACUCCCAAGAAGGAGAUUCAACGACAAGAAGCCAUCUAUGAGUUGAUUUACACCGAAGACAAUUACGUGCGUGAUCUUUGCUUGCUGGACGAGAUAUAUGCACGCACUCUUCGAUCCGCCCAAUGUAUUGAUGAGGGACGUCGCGACGCCUUUUGUGAUAAUGUCUUCAGCAAUUACCAAGAACUAUUGGUGAUGCACAAGAACCUCUUUCGUGAAUUACACGACUACCAAACGCUGUGUCAAGUGCGGUCAAAAGGUGGAUUUGUGGAUCGAAUUGGCAACAUCAUGCUUCGCUACGUGGACCGUUUCAUGAAAGCAUAUACCCGUUAUGGUCCGCAUGUUCCAGUCGCUGAGUAUUUGAUCAAACGAGAGACGAGCAACAAUAUCCUAUUUCAGAACUUUGUACGCGAACGUGAGAAACAGGCCGAGUGUCGCAAGUUACCCUUUCGUCACUUUUUGAUCACGCCUCUCAGUCGCCUUCAGCGUUAUCCAUUGUUGAUUAAGGCCAUUCUUGAAAAGACACCUGAGAAUCAUCCCGAUCGACAUGAUCUCAUUCGAUGCGACGAGAUUAUCAGGAGCGUUUGUACACGAACGGAUGAUUUGACAAAGGAGACACGCAUGAAAUUGGCAAUUUACGAAGUCGAUGACAAUUUGCAGUUCAAAUCGGGGACACCUUUUGUGGAUCUAAGGUUAAGAGAAAAGGGCCGUCAAUUAUUACACUCGGGUGUCGUUAAGCGUCGUAUCUACAUGGAAGACAAAGAGCAUCACUUGUACCUGUUUGAUCACUUGUUACUCAUCACCAAACCAAGAGACAACAUUCACUAUGUUUGGAGACGCCCUAUCCCACUCGAGCUGCUCACCGUACGUGAGAAUGCCAAUGGUGUAUCCAACACAAGUCACCGCUCAACAUGGUCUUCAUCCUACCAUUCCACCGCACCUCUAAGUCCACCCGUUACAACGCCACCCACAUCAUCCACGCUCAUCAUUCGACACCUUGGUAAUAAGGAAGGCGAUUAUGUAUUCCACGUACCAGAUGCCCAAACCCGAAAUGAGUGGAAGACAAAGAUCAUGGAUGCAAAGGCAGCAUUUGAGGAGGCACACCCUGAGCGCAAGGUGUUCAAUAUCAAGACUUUGAGCGAUACAACCUUUACAACAGCAAGUGGCCCUGCUAGCAAUGGAAAGGUGACAUGCAGCGCUGCAUUCGUGGGAGCACGUGGACAGCAAAUGGUGGCCAUUGGCACUGAACAAGGAGUAUGGAUGGGUGCAGAGGGCAGCUCCAAUUUGACCAAAGUAUUGAACACUGCCAGUGUGACUCAAUUGGCAGUCCUACAAGAUUAUCACAUCUUUCUCGUGUUGGCAGACAAGGUGUUGAUGGCAUACCCACUUGAUGCAUUGGAUCCAACUUCAACGACGUCAUCACUAAAAUCUCGACAAAAGUUACCAUCCUAUCAACUAGCCAAAAGCGUCUCUUUCUUCCAAGCUGGAGUAUGCGAUCGUCGAGUCAUUGUGGUGGUCAAAAAGAAAAAGGGUGUCGACAGCGUGUUUACGGCAUUGGAACCUGUAUGCGGUGAUUUGAGAGAUUCACGCAAUAGCAAAUACCUGAAUACCAAAACGGGAUUAUUGAGCAGGGCGCCAUCUUGGUUCAAAUCAUACAGGGACUUUUAUAUUGGCGCUGAAUCAUCGGCAAUACACAUCCUGAACAAACGACUUGCCAUUGUAUGCGAACGAGGAUUUGAGAUCAUUAGCUUGGAUACGCUGAGGAACCAUCCACUGCCAGAAUUAGACGAUCCGGAUUUCCAAUUUGUGCAAAAGCGUCAAGAUCAACUGAUACCCCUUGGCAUGUUCCGAUGUCAAAGCAAUUAUCUCCUCUGCUACAAUGAAUUUGCUUUCCUCGUUGAUAUGAAGGGCAGGUAUAUUCAUGGUCAACCAAGAAUCGAAUGGCAUGGCACACCACGUUCUGUUGCAUUCUGCUAUCCUUACGUGAUUGGAUUUGAUCCUAACUUUAUUGAAGUACGACAUGCGGAAACAAGCGAAUUGAUCCAAGUUCUUGAAGGAGCGGAUAUGCGAAUCUUAUACAGCAAAUCGGGCAUUGGAGCUUCUUCAACGGUGAUCCAUGGUUGCAUGACACAUUCCUUUAAACCUGACUAUCAUUACGUCUUCUCAUUGACACCUGCUUUCCAAUCCUCUGCAUAA